ACCAUUGAUCGCUUCUGUCAAGCCAUAUGUAGAAGCAUCCUUGGCGUUGUUGUCGUUAUCCCACACUCCUGCAGCAAGCAAUUCUGCUUCUGCAUGAUUACUUCCUUGGACGAAAAGACAAGGACAAUCGAGCAAAACCAACACUUCCCCACCCUCAUAGCAAUCCAGCAUAUUGCUAUUUCUGGUCCAGUUGAACGUCGGCUGUAUCAACCUGUUAUCCGUAUCCACCGCACCACCGAGGAAAAGUUGAGGUGUAGAGAUCCAUGCGUCCAAAGGUCCAACAACACUAUACCCCGUGAAAAGAAUUAUACUCAGACUGCCAGGUUCAUCACGAGAUGCGAUAAACUUUUGAACUCUAUUGAUGAGAUCCUGUACGCAUCCAUUCAGCUCUUUUCCAAAAAACUACACUUCUUCACAAAGUUUGUAGCAGCGCGAAAAAAAAAAGAAAAAAAGAUAAAAGUAACUUACAGGUGUCAUUCUCCAUCCCUUCCCUUCAUCAAUCUCACAAACCUGAAUUCCAAACCCGUAUCCCUCGUUGAAAAUCUCCAAUAAUUCCUUUUCUGCAUUUUUCUUUCCCGUCGAACAAGAUGAAAAGUGGAUAGCCAAAACAUUGGUUUGGUUAAAAUUGCCGUCUUUGGGCGAUGCUGGUUUCUCGCUUGCUUGAUGGAGUGUUUUUCGAAUCUA